UUUCUCGAAGGUCUUGUGCUUGCUCACAAGUUUCUAAAUUUAAACUAUUUACGUACAUAUAGACGUGCUACCAAAGCUGUCACAACAAAUUUCAUUUGUAGCCAAAUUUACAGACCCUUGUGUUUAGUUUUUUCGGUAAAUUAUAAAUUCUAACUUUGAAAACACAGAGUUUCGCCGAAAAUCAAUUCAUACAAUUUAGAAGGAGAAGAAGGACUUGCCGGCAGGGAAACUCAAACACAAAGAUAUGGCGACGCCAAAUUUUCUACUGAGCAAUGGUAAAAAUAUGCCUAUGGUGGGCCUAGGCACCUGGCGGAGUCCUCCGGAGGUCAUCACACAGGCCGUUAAGGAUGCUAUUGACAUUGGAUAUCGUCACUUUGACUGCGCCCAUAUUUAUGGAAACGAGAGCCAGGUGGGGUCUGCUCUACGCGAUAAAAUAAAUGAGGGAGUUGUAACACGGGAUCAACUAUUUAUCACAAGCAAACUCUGGAACACAUACCACAAGCCGGAUCUAGUUCGUUCCGCCUGCGAGACAAGCAUCAAGAAUCUGGGUGUGGGCUAUUUGGAUCUCUAUCUAAUGCACUGGCCCAUGGCCUACAAGACGGGGGAUAACCUUUACCCCACCUGCCCGGAUACCGGCAAGGCCGUUUUCGAGGACAUCGACUACGUGGACACCUGGCGGGCAAUGGAGGAUCUGGUGGACGAGGGUAUUUGCCACGCCAUCGGGGUAUCCAACUUUAAUGAGCAACAAAUCAACCGAUUACUGAGCAUGGCCAAACUGAAGCCGGUAGUCCUCCAGAUCGAAUGCCAUCCGUAUCUCCGACAGAAAUCCCUGAUCACUUUGUGCUAUGACAAUGCCAUAGCUGUUACAGCUUAUAGCUCCUUGGGAUCUGGUCAUACACCGUACGAGAAGCCCGGUGCCUAUCCGCUGCUCCAGCAUCCCACCAUUCUGGGCAUAGCCGAGAAGUACGGCAGGACCCCGGCUCAGGUCCUUCUCCGUUACCAGACACAAUCGGGCAUUAUUGUUAUCCCGCGAUCCGUAAGCAAGCAGCACAUGCACGACAAUUUCAAACGCAUCUGGGACUUUGGACUGGCCAUUGACGAUAUCAAGGCUAUAGAUGAUUUAGACUGCAAUGGACGUUUUAUGACCAUGAAGGCAGCCUAUGGACAUCCUCAUCAUCCUUUUGAGCUUGGCCAGGGGAAAUAAUGCAUUUCAAAGUAUUAAUUGUAAAGGUUCUGGAUCAAUAGACCAAAACCACUCUACAUUGCAUUGAUCCUUUCGUUGAAAGUCCCAAAUAUUGUCUAAUUUCACUUAUUCUUUAAUAAAUUUUAGCAUAUUUACACGACAA